GAGCCACCUACAGAUGGCACAGUCGUCGCUGGUGACGUAGACUUGUAAACAAAAAUGACAGACUUGAACAGAGAGCUGCAGGAAUAUCUGUCUCGGAGUGAUGCCAAAUCGGACUCCAAGGUGCCGCUACUGCCGACCACCAUCACCGACAUCAAGAUCCCCAAGUUGAGCUCCUGGUUCACACGAAAUGGCACUGCGGGGAGCCAAGACGAGGAGACGGGGUCGGCUUCUUCGUGGUCUUCGUCAGCACAGUCGGACCCUUGUCUGCCCAGUCUGGGCAGAAAACAGAGGAUUUUAGGCUUCUUGGGCUGUGUAGUGAUGGGCUUAAUUUGCUUCUCACUGGCAGCAAUGUAUUUUCCACUCCUGGUAUUCAAGGCUCGCAAGUUUGCCCUGCUCUUCACAUUAGGCAGCUUGUUCUCUGUUUUAAGUUUCUCUUUCCUUUGGGGUCCAAUAAAUCACCUAAAACAUCUGUUUUCUUCAGAACGACUGAUGUUUACAUCUGUUUACUUUAUCUCAUUGUUUGCAACACUCUACUUUGCACUCAGUUUGCAGUCAACACUUUUUACCUCCAUAGCUGCUAUCAUACAACUGGUGGCACUACUGUGUUUUGUUGUCAGUAAUAUACCUGGAGGACAGACUGGGCUCAAGUUUUUCUCCAGCAUAUGCUCUUCCAUGGUAAAAACUACAGUCUCCAAAGCUCUUCCAGUGUAGUUCUCUCCAAAUUUUUACUUUCUACUUUUUAUUGUAUAUGUACCUAAAUUGUUAUGAAUAUAUGUAUAGUGAAAAUACAGUUUGAGGUGAUUACUAUGUCCUCUCUUAUGCUUUUUACACUGCUUGUAAGAAUUAUCUGUACAGUAUAGUUUUAACAGUUGAGGGGGGUAGUCAUUCUCGGUACUGUAUAUAAGAUCUUUCAAUUUAUUUCCUGUCCCAAAUGGUAAAUUUAGUACAUAAGAAAACAACUUUGUAUUUAUAUGUGUUGAGUUGCCAUAUUUUCUUUGAUUUCUACAACCAUCAUAAUUACUCACUGGGAAGCAUCAUCAAUAGGAAAUACUUCAUUCUAAAUUUGUUAUGCAUAACAGAUUUUUUUGAACUCAAAUCAUCAAAUUGGUCUCUUUGUGCAAAGCUAAACCAGUGUUUUAACUACUUAAUCCUUAUUUUUCUUACCAAACAUGAAAUUUUCCAAUAACUUUAAACAAGAAAUUAACCUCUCUUCUGCAGACGAUGAGUCACAAUAACGUGGCUGAAGAUAUGAUGACCAAGCCACACGCCAGAAAACGGAGAAAUGAUGACAUUUCGAUCCGUCAAAUACAUACGACUUGAUAGUGGUCCAGGACAGACUGAAACAUUGUCGUUUCUUCAUUCUCUGGUGUGUGGUUUGGUCGUCAUAGGCUCUCUUCUGAUCCAUGUCAGUGGGUUUUUCUACUUCCUCUUUCUACUACUGUACUUUGUUUCAUUGUUAUUGGCCCUUCCAUUCCUAGAGAUCGUCAUGAGGUGAGUGAUUUUGAGUCCCUUUCCUGUUGAAAAAUAAUUAUUAGCAUAACUCGUAAUCAGAAUCUUGUACAUUCAUGUGUGCAGCAAGUUCAUCCAGUCAUUCCAGUUUUCUUGUUUAUAUAUAUAUAUACAGUAAAUUAUCUAAAUUCUUCACACACCACUGUCAUCGAUUAUCUUUUCUCAGGUCUUUGUUUUCCUAUUUAUAUAUAAAGGCUAAACACAAAAUGCUAUUUUCCCUUGUAAAACUGAAUGUUAAAUUAUAAAUACGUACUGAUAUUUAUAGACAGCCACUACCAACUACUGGCUGUACAAGAAUGUAAGAACUUUUGUAUAUAUAAAUAAAAAAUAAUAAUCUUCAUGUUUCAUACUUCUAUUAAAAUAUUGACAUUACUCAUUGAAAUAUUCAAGUUUGAUUUUUCAUGGUAAAAUAUUCAGAAGAUAUUAUGCAGGUUCAGUUUUUAUCUGAUAAUGUUGUAUAUUUAUGACAAAAGUGCACACAUUACUUUUGCGACACAUAAGUGUUCAUUAGUAAUGUUUAUCGUGCAUGUUGUUUUGCUCUAUAGUACAGUAUAUCAUUAAAACUUAAUAUUACAAGCAUAAACAACAAUAUCCAACAUAUUCAGUUGUACAGUAUUACAAAAUGUACAGAAAAUAUUUUGUAAAACACAAUCUUUUUGAAUUAGAAGCAAUAGAAAAUGUAUACAAAGAGAAUUUUUAUAUUGUUGUCUUUGUAAUAUAACAGUAGCAAGUCAAAAUUAUUAUGUACAGUACUAUAUAUAUAGCCAUUACAUUAACAUUAUAGGUAUUUCACAUGUUAGAAUUCAGUUACCUUGUCAGACAACACAGUUGCUUUAUUCAAGAAGCCUUGGGGCAUACUGAAUCUCAUCUAUACAGUGGACCAUUAUACGACACAAAUUUAUACAGAGCAUUUUUGCCAUAUAAUGGUUUUUAUUUACUGACUAAUAAUUUAAAAUGCCUGCAUUAUUAUUAUAUAAACACACUCAUGGCAUGUUCACCUGUCCACUCUAGCAGACAACCAUGAUUUGGCUCCCUCCUAACACCCAUCAGAUCUCUCGUCAUUCACACACCCUUAUCAUACCCACUGUCAAGAACAUAAAACUACAUUAUAUAAGGAUUGCCUAUACUUUAUGCUGGACUUGGUGUAAAAUAAGAAUGGUAUGGGCUCUUUGUCAAGUCAUUAACAAAUAUUGAAUAGAAACUUUUGAAUGUCAUUAGCAGUUUAAAUGCUAAGAGCUUGAUUUUAAGACCACAUCUAGGUUUAGUAUUUUUUUUAAGUAAACUUUUUGCAUAAAAUUUACUGCAGGAUGUGUUUGUGUGCGUGUGUUUAGUGUAUGUGUCCGUGUGCAUUGAUAAAUACAUGAAGGGGAAUUAUUUAAUUUGAUCAGUGUUAGUGCUAAAAAUAAGAAUAAAAAACAUUCAAUAAGCUUUUAUAAAUUUAAUAAGUGCUGCCGAGCUCAUUAUCCAAACAUAUGCAUUCGCUGGUUUGUUAUAAGAGUGAAAAAAAGUUCCUUAGCCUAAUACAAUUAUUCAAAAGAACAGGAUACUGUAUUAGAUAUUCUAGUAUUAUGUAAGUUUUAAUUAUGCCCACCUAGACUAUUUUUAUCUCUUUAGUUUUCCCUUCUCUCAAACCAUGUUAUUGUAUACAAAAUAACAAUAUUUAUGCAGAUGAGGAGUGACAAUAACAUGGCUGAAAAAUGUUGGCCAGACCACACACUAGAAAGUGAAGAGACGACGAUGUUUCGGUCCGUCCUGGACCAUUAUCAAGUCAAUCGUGAAACGUCGUCGUCUCUUCAUUUUCUAGUGUGUGGUUUGGUUAACAAUAUUUAUAUUUGUCUCAAUUCAUGGGAGGGGUAUGAUUAAUACUUGUAUGUCAUGUUAAAAGUUGGAUAAAUGUUGUCAAAGUCCAAUACAAUUGACAAAGAGGAGGAGGAGGGCAUGUUAAAACAAAGCCUCUUCUGAAAUCCUAGAUUUGCUGUACCACUGUAAAGCAUUUAAAACAUAUUCAUUCGUGUUAGCUGAAUGUGUAUUGUCUGGAAGAAAUUGGAUGGAGUUGUCAUUUCACCAGUGUGAAACUCUUUCCUUAUCAUAAUUGUCGAUGAUUAAAUUUAAGCAUCAUGCUUACCAAUAAGAAUUAUGCAUGUAAAAAAAAUGUACAAUUAAGUUUGCUGUCUUACUUAGAAAUAUUGUAGAAACCAUGUCAUGCAUUUGUUCGAGUAAAAAAAAAGUGUUGAAACAACACAUUUAUGGUGGAUGACAGGGAAAGUUAGCAUCAGAAUAUAAUGGUUCAUUUUGGGAAUGUAAUAUCUUGCACCCAAAAACUUGAAAAGUUGUAUUUAUAUAGUUCAUGGGAAUUUUUAGUUUAUACAUUCUACUGUUAGUUGAUAUAUUCUUUAAUUGUUCAUAUACAGUACUGUGGAUGGAAACCAAAAAUGUAAGUAUUUAUAAUGUUUUAUAUUGUGUAUGACAAUCUCUUGAUCACUUCAGUAAAUGUAUCACAUUUUCAAUAAGAGUUCUUCUGGUAUUGUAAUCUUUACCCCAUAUAUUUAUAUUUAUUAUUAUUGCCAAUAUAUAAUUUUUUAUGACCAAUAAAUAAUUCUUAUGAUUACCCUAUCAAAUACUGUAGUCUUAAUUUGUGGUUACCCUUGAAACCUAAAGGACUUCUAUACCAACACGGUCAUGUACUUUAUCUCCCCCCCCCCCCAACUCAAAACGAAUAAAAGGGUAAGAUUUGCUGUCUUCACUACAAUCGGAUAAUGUAUGUGGAGAUCAGGAUUUUUUGAUGGUUAAGUAAUGGAAAGAUAUCAAUGAAUUUAUAUACAGCAUUUAAGAUGCACUGUAUUAUGCUUGCUCAGCUCUAUAAAUGAUGGAGAGCAGUACAAGAAGCUUACUCACUCAAGGAAGCAAGGUGCUCAACCCAUGUUAGAAAGGGGGGGGGAGCUUAGAUCCAUGGAAAUAAGGUGCUUGAAACCCCUGGAAGAAAGGUGCUUGAACCCAUGUGCAGUUAAACUGCAAAAGAUAAAGUAAAAUAUUUGUUGAGGUCUAAAACCUUUUGGGCCCUCUGUAAUAAGCUUGUGCAGGAUGAGUAUGGAGAGCACAAAAGACUAGCUGCCAGCAGUGGACAAUAAUUUUUUUAUAAAUGCAGUAAUGAUAUUCCAGCCUAAUUUUGGCAAUUAUUAUACCCCUACUGAAUGCUUUUUGCUAGGCAAAUGUAUAGUUUUCAACUCUAUAGUUUCCCGAGUUUACCUAAGAGCCACUAACACUAGUGGCCUCGACGAGGACAGGAAGCUGGCAACUUGUCGAAGGUACCCCCAUUUGCCUUGAUCUCUUCCAGCUGUACCUUAAAAGUUAACAGUUUUGCCAUUCACCGCUUUGGCGAGUAGGCAGUUCCAUAUGUUAAUCUUUACUUGCUUCUUCAAGUAGUGCACCUUUAAAAAUUUUUGGAUACCUAGAUUAAGACUGAUUACAUAAUUGUUACAUGCAUAUUAAUUUACCUGCCUUGUUAGUUUUGUCAUGCUGGGUAAUACAUAUGAGUCAGUAGCCAUACAAAGGGGCUACUGACUCAUAUGGUAAAACUUGUUUUGUACGUUAUAUUAUUUACAAUUGAUGUUUUGAUAUUUCGAUGGAAACCAGCAACUUUGUCUUAGCUUGCUAGAAACGCUAGCCAUGUUUCCCUACAGGGACAAAUUCAGGGAAUUUCCAUCUGUAAGAUAAGAUAAGCAACUUUUGAGAGGAACAUUUCAUCCUUCAUCUUGUCAUGUAGUUUAGCUUCUGUUGCAGUUUUUUCUCUGUCCAGAAACGUUGGUCAGCUUAUUAACCAAUCAGCAAGCAUACUUUAGUCUUCAACAUGAUUCAUAACAAAAGUAAACUUAAUGAAUAUACACUGAGAAGUUGGCUUACACUUCUCGAUAUAUAACUUCGAUUCAUAGAGCAAAGCUCUAAUAUCAAAAUUUGAUUUAUCCAGUCUAUAUAUUUGUCAGUUUAAAUCAUUUUGAAUUUUAAAAAUUGUUUUCUCAUCAUUAUGUAUAUUACAAUUAUGUUCUGUGUUAUUCAUAGACUAUGCAAAUCACUUUAAUGUUACUGUAUAUAUAUAUAUAGCUUAUGUGAGUCAUCAUUGUAAUUUCAUGCAAUAUGUUUUGCUUAUAUAAUUCUUACAACUAAUUGCAAGCUAAAGAUUUUGUACUGUUAUACACCUGUUCAACUGUUCAAUCCAGUUAUGACUGUAAUGAUGUGUAUGAAUCAGUUACAAAUAAAAAUCAAUCAAUC